AUGGAUGGAAGUGAUGAAUUUUGUCUUCCUGGUCAAAUUGAAUGUGGCAGUCAAUUUUGUGCAGAUUCCAUUCAUCUGGUUGAUUGUCUUCUUUUGAGUUCAAAUUCAAACUGUACUUCAAAAAAUAAAAUGGAAGGUGUUGGAUCUAUUCCUUCCUUUUGUGAAUUUUUAAAUGCAUCAACUCGCCGUCGUCUUUGUCAUUUACAUAACUCAAUUGCUUGCAGAGGGUAUGGUCAAUGUAUAUUAACCAGAUGGCUUAUGGAUGGGAAAAAGGAUUGUUUGGACGGUUCUGAUGAGGAUCCGGGUUAUGUGGGUUUGUUCAAUACAAGCUUUGACCGUCCAUUUUUGUCAUUGUCAGCUACCUCUAAUAAUCUAGAAAGAUUAACAACUCAUUCAACUAGUACAAAAGCAAUUGUCGGGUAUACUAGCAAUAGUUUCACCAAUAUUCAUCAACUUGUGUGGCCUCAACGUGGAAAAAUUUUAAAUCCUAUAAAAAACACAAAUAAUAAUGUUGAACCAUCACAACAACAAAAACUUAGAGAAAAUAUUUUUGUGACAACUCCAACUUAUCCUUUUGAAAAAAUAUUUACUUCCUCAUCAAAAUCAACAGAAUUGAAUGUCGAGGAUGAUAGAAAAUUUGCUGGGAAAAGUGAAGAGGAAUCAAAAUUACAAGUAGAAAAAUCAAAAAAUAUUGAAAUUUCGGAGCCUAAAAUGACUGAAAAACAAACGGCAAUAACAGAGACUUCUACAGCAAUAACAAAAAGUUUUGAAGGAGAAACUACAACAACAGUGCCUGCAAUAAAUAAUUUUAUUAGUAUAACAACAUUAGCAACAGAAUCUACUACGAAAGAAAUUGAAAAUGUGGAGCUUUUGUCAACUAAAUCAAUUGCUAUUAAUGUUGAGACUACAAAAUCAGAUGAAUUAUUAACAACUAGCAAGUCCGACGAAGAAAAUGAGAAAGAGAAAAGUUGGUUGUGGUUGUUCUUACUUUUAUUUUUAUUCUGCCUUUGUUGUUUACUUCUUCCACUAUUUUGGUGGUGUUGUUCUUCAAAGCAAAGACGUUCAAAUUUCUUUACAAUAUUUAGACGAAGAUGGCGAAAUAUAAAACUUAAAAUGGGAGGAAAGCAAACUCAAUCAGCUUUAUUACCUACAAUUGCAGCAACAACAGCAUUAGCAGCUUCUACUGUACCAACAAAAGUGGUUAUUCCACAAGAAAGUGGUAUUAGUGUUAUAUCUGAAUCGGUUGAAGAGUCAACAAGAUGUGGUGGUUUUUCUGUAGCAGAGCAAGAAAAUACUUUAAAGAUUCCAACAAUUGGUGAAGUUGGAAGAAUUGCAAGUUUAGCACAAGCUUGGCAACAACAACAUCAUAAACCGUCAAAAGCUUUUGAUGACUCUGAAGAUUAUUUAAUUAUGGAGGAAUGUGAAGAAGAAGAAAUUGGAGGAACAGAUUUAAUACGAAGACAAUCUUCAAUUACAACAUUUUUGGAUAAAGCUAAAACUUUUGAGAAGAAAGAUACAACAACAACAAAAACAACAACCACAACUACAAUAACAGAAGAGAAGAAAGAAGAAGUUGAAGAAGAAAAACAGAAGGAGGAAGAGCAAAAACCAACAAUAGAAUUACAAAAAUCGAGUACAAUUACAGAAGGGACAUUAACUAUUGUUGAAACAAAAACAGAAGAAGAAAAGGAAGAAAAAAGCAAUGAAGUUGUUGAUGCAUCUCUUCAAUUACCUACAUUAUUGCCAAAAGAAAAAACAAUUGAAGAGGAAGAAUUGCCACGUUCUUCAAGUGCAACUUCUAGACCUGGAACUCCGACAAUUUGGGAUCAAUUUCGAGUUUUAGGUGAACAAUAUUCGGGAGCUGAUGAUCAAAUUGCUUUGGCUACAGAAAGAAGAGAUUCUUUAGACGAUAUUUUAAUUAAAAUGGAUACAAUAGAGAAGCAACUACCAAUAAUUGAAAAACAUGAAGUUCUUAUUGAAGAAUUGAAUGAAGAAAAAGAUGAGGAAAGGUUUGAAGAUGAGGAAGAGAAGGAGGAUGAGGAAGAAGGAAUUGUAAAAGAAGAGGAAGAAGAGAAGGGGGAGGAGGGCAAGGUUUUGGAAGAUAAGAAGGAUACAACAUUGGUUGAUGUUAAAGCUGGAUUAACUGAAGAAAAAACUGGAAGAGAUGUUAAAGAAGAAAAGGAAGUAAAAGAAGAAAAGAUAAAAUUAGGAAGAGAUAUUAAAAAAGGUUUUGAAAUUUUACCAAAAAUAGGAAAUCGAAAGGAAGGGAAAUUGUCUACAAAGAAAAUUGGGGAGUUCAAAAAACAACAUUUAGAAAAACAACAAAAACUUCCAUCAAUUCCUCCUUUGGACAUCAGAAAAUGCACCAGGCAACAUCCUUCAUCUUCAACUUUAAUUAAAACAAAAAAAGAAAUUCCAAGAUUAGAUAGAAUUGAAAAAACAACAAAAGAAGAUAAGUCUAAAAAGGAUGAAAAAGAAGUUUUUGUUUUAGUUAAAGGACAUCGAGUUUUUGAUGGACAUGAAAGGAAAACACCUAAUCCUUUAUUUUCUAUAAGAAGAGAGGAUAAACAAAAAGAAGAAAAAAGAAUAUUGUCAAAACAGAAGCAACAAAAGAUUGAAUUAAAUGAGAAGAAAAGAACGGAAUUGAAGAAGGAUGUUCAACCAAUAAUUAAGCAACGAAGAGAACGUCUACUCAAAUUGAGAGCACAACAUCCAAUAAUUGAAUCUUCUUGUGAUGAACAAUUUGUGGAAGAGCCUAUUUUUGAUCCUGAUUUGCCUUCAACUUCAAAUUAUCAUCAACAACAUUUUGUACAAAAGCAUUUACAUCUUCCACAAAUUGAAGAAGAUAUUGAACAAAGGGUCCAUUCUGGUUGUAUUCUUUCUGGUCGACAACCAUGGAAUUCUAAUCCACGUACCGAAACUUCCAGUAAAUUGCUGCCUCCUUUAAUAACUGAGCCUAUUACAAGUGCUGAACGUUCUCCGGAGAGAAUUGAGUCUUUAGUUCAUUCAGGUUGUAUAACCAACAGAGAACCUUGGGAUUCACAUCUUAAACCUUCCCCAUUAUCUCCACCCAAUAUUAAUUCUCCUGUUUCUUCUAAACGUCUUAAAACAACUGAAAAUCUUUUAAAAACACAAAAAAGUACAAGAAGACAACCUCGGCCACGUCCCAAAAGUGUUAGAGAAUUAACUGAUCCGGAUUGGGAAAAGGAAGAAUUUGAAGAGAAGAACAACAAAAAUAAUUAUUUUAACCAAUUUUCAACAUCUAUGAAUUUUAAGAGAACAGAAAGGGCAACUUCAUCUCCAGAUACAAAAGAAGAAAAUGAAGAAGAAUUUGAAACAAACAACGAUUUAUAUUCCAAAGAUUGGUUGAUGAAUAAUAAAAGAAGAAGAAACAUGUAA